CUUGCAGUAAUAGACUUCGCUAUUGGAAAAACCCAUGUGUACAAAUAUGAGGCAGAGCUCCUUGGUGGUCUACCUGAACCAGGUUUGGCCAGAGCAGGACUCAAAGUCAGCAGCAAAGUUCUCAUCAGUGCUGGUCCACAAAACAUCUACAUGCUGAAGCUUGUGGAGCCAGAGCUCUUUGAAUACAGCGGUAUCUGGCCGAGGGAUGCUUUUAUUCCGGCGAUCAAGUUGACUAAAGCACUGGCACCUCAGCUCGUGACGCCCAUCAAGUUUGAAUAUGUCAACGGUGUUGUAGGAAAACUGCAGGCCCCCGAGGGCGUCUCCACUCUGGUGAUGAACAUCUACAGAGGAAUUCUGAACGUCCUCCAGAUCAACAUCAAGAAAACACAGAAUGUCUAUGAGAUGCAGGAGGCUGGAGCUCAGGGUGUGUGCAAAACCCUGUAUGCCAUCACUGAAGAUGAGAAGGCUGAACGUAUCCUGGUGACCAAGACACGGGACCUGAACAACUGUCAGGAAAGAGUCAUGAAGGACAUAGGGCUGGCAUACGUUGAGAAAUUGACCAAUCACCGUCAUAACCUGAGAGGAGCUUCUGCAUACAAUUACAUCUUGAAGCCUUCAGCCAAUGGCAUGUUGAUCCUGAACGCAGCUGUGAACGAGCUGAUCCAGUUCUCACCUUUCACUGAAAUGAACGGAGCUGCUCAGAUGGAGACCAAGCAAACCUUGGUUUUCCUCGAGGUACAGAAAAUCCCCAUUGUGCCUAUUAAGGUGAGCUACAUCGAACGUGGAUCCCUCAAGUACGAGUUCUCCACUGAGAUUCUACAGACCCCGCUCCAACUCAUCAAGGUCAACAAUGUUCAGGCCCAGGUAAAGUCUCUGCCUUUUUUAAUGCAUUCAGUAAAAAAACAAACAGAACAAAAAAAAAACAAGUUUCUUUUUCUUUUGUUUUUCCAGAUUGUGGAUAUUCUGAACCACCUCGUGGUCAACAAUGUGGAGAAGGUUCAUGAAGAUGCUCCUCUCAAGUUUUUGGAACUGAUUCAAGUCCUGCGUGCAGCUCACCUGGCAGACCUGGAGAUGCUGUGGACUCAAUACAAAGACCGUCCCGCCUUCAGGAAGUGGAUUUUGGAGGCCAUCCCUGUCAUUGGAACACCUGCAGCUCUGAGAUUUAUUAAGGAGAAGUUUCUGGCAGAUCAGCUGACCAUCGUUGAAGCAGCUCAAGCUUUGAUCACAUCUGUUCACAUGGUGACGGCAAACACCGAGGUCAUCAAACUGGUUGAGGAACUGGCAGUCAGUAACAAAAUACUGAGUCAUGCAGCUCUGAGGGAGAUCGUCCUCCUCGGCUAUGGAACCAUGAUCAACAAAUACUGUGUUCACAAGGCCGUCUGCCCUGUUGAGCUCAUUAAGCCCAUUCAGGACCUUCUGGCCGAGGCUGUUGUUAAGCGUGACACCGAGAACAUGAUCCUGCUCCUCAAGGUUUUGGGGAACGCUGGUCACCCUAACAGCAUUAAGCCAAUAAUCAAGAUCCUGCCCAUACAUGGCACUGUAGCUACAGCGCUGCCCAUGAGAGUCCACUCUGAGGCCAUCAUGGCUUUGAGAAACAUCGCAAAGAAAGAGCCACGAAUAAUCCAGGACCUGGCUCUUCAGCUCUACAUGGACAAGACCCUUGAAGCAGAGCUACGCAUGCUUGCUUGCAUCGUGCUGUUCGAGACCAGGCCUCCAGUGGGUCUGGUGACGUCUCUUGCCAGCAUUGUGAAGACAGAGAGGAAUCUGCAGGUAGCAAGCUUCACCUACUCUUACAUGAAGUCCCUGGCCAGGGGCAAUGCUGUCGCACUCAACUCAGUGUCCGCAGCUUGCAACGUUGCUAUCAAAAUCUUGAAUCCCAUCCUGGGCAGACUGAACAUGCGUUUCAGCAAAGCUGUCUACGCAGACAUUUAUAACAAUCCUUUUAUGAUGGGUGCUGCUGCCACUGCUUUCUAUAUCAACGACGUGGCCACUGUUCUGCCCAAGUCUGUGGUGGCAAAGACCAGUGCCUUCCUGGCUGGAGCUGCUGCUGAUGUUCUGGAGGUUGGAGUGAGAACUGAGGGGCUGCAGGAAGCUCUUCUGAAGAACCCAGCGAUUAUUCAAAGUCAUGACAGGAUCACAAAGAUGAAGCGUGUGAUUAAAGCUCUCUCUCAGUGGAGGUCUGAGCCCAACAGCAGUCCUUUGGCAUCUGUCUAUGUCAAGUUCUUUGGCCAGGAAAUUGCCUUUGUCAAUCUCGAUAAAGCCUGGGUUGAUCAGAUCAUCGAGGUAUGAAGAAAAUGACACUGUCUGGGCCUGAGAAACUUUUCUAAUAUCACACUGUAUUUGCAUGUAAAGGCCACCACAUCACCAGAACUGGGUGAACACUUCCAGCUCGCUCACCUGAUGAAGACCGAUGUGCAGCUUGAGACUGAGAUCAGACCAAGUGUCGUCGUGAACACCUUUGCUGUGAUGGGCAUAAACACCGCUGUGGUCCAGGCUGCUCUGCUGUCAAGAGCCAAGAUCAACUCCAUUAUACCUGCCAAGAUCGCUGCAAGACUGAACAUCAACGAGGGUCACUUUAAGAUCCAAGCCCUGCCCAUUUCUGCACCUGAAGACAUCGCAGCUGUGCACGUUGAGACAUAUGCCUUGGCAAGAAAUAUUGAGGACCUGACAGCUGUAAGGAUCACUCCACUUGUCCCUGCCCAGGUGCUGGAGCCCAUCUCAAGUGAGAUUCUCAAAUCAACGUCAAGGUCAUCUGCUGCUGCUAGUCUGUCAAGGUCCUCAGAGGUCGUGGCCAAUGACUUAAUUGCUGCCAAGCCUAUUAUAAAACCCAAAGCAGCUCACUUCAGGAAGAAGUACUGUGCUGCUGCCAUCGGACUGAAAGGCUGCAUCAAGAUCGCCACAGAUAACGCUGCCUACAUCAGCGACGCUGCCCUCUUCAAAAUGGCUGGAAAACACUCUUUUGUUAUUUCUUGGAAACAAGAGGGUGAAGCCCUUGAAAGACUGGAGAUUGAGAUUCAAGUUGGUCCAAAGGCUGCAGAGAAGCUGAUUAAACAGAUCAAUCUGAGUGAAGAGGAGGUGGUCGAAGCCAAUCCGGUCUUGAGGAAGCUCAACAAGAUUCUGGCUCCUGGGAGGAAGAGCAGCUCCAUGUCGUCUUCAUCUAGCUCCAGGAGCUCAAAGUCUUCUUCUGUGUCUUCAAACGUCAGCUCAGCUAGUUCCAGCAGCAGGAGCAUCAGCAAGAGCAGCAGCAGAAAGAGCAUACGCAGGAGCAGCAGCAGGAGCAGCAGCAGCAGCAGAAGCAUCAGCAGGAGCAGCCACAUCAGCUCCUCAAGAUCUCCGAUCUCUUCAAGGUCCAGCUCUGCAUCCAGCCUCGCAUCUCUCUUUAGCGCCAGCUCAAGCUCCUCUCGUUCAAGUGUUCGCCACUCAAAGGAAAUAAUCUACAAACCACAUUUCAAGAAGAACCAUAAGAAAGAGGCUCUGAACUCUCAGGCCAUCUCUGCAACACGUUCUACUAGCAGCGCUUCAAGCUUCGAGACCAUCUACCAAAAGAACAAAUUCCUGGGCAAUGAAGUUGCUCCAGUCUUUGCGGUUAUUGUCCGAGCUAUCAGAGCUGACAAAAUGGUGCAUGGAUACCAACUGGCAGCGUACCUGGACAAACCCACUGCCAGAAUCCAGAUCAUCCUGGCUGCCUUGGCUGCUGAUAACAACUGGAAGUUGUGUGCUGACGGAAUGCUGAUGAGCAAGUUCAAAGUCUCUGCCAAAGUUGGCUGGGGAGCCGAGUGCAGGCAGUACGAAACCAUGGUCACAGCAGAGACCGGUCUCCUUGGACCGAGCCCUGCAGCUCGAGUCAGAGUGACAUGGAAGAAGCUGCCUACUGCUGUUAAACACUUCGCAGAGAAGUAAGGCGCUUCCCAAAGACAUGACUGAGUUAAUUUGGCCCAAAGGACGAUGAAGAUACUGGCUGAUUUCAUUCAAGGAAAGGACGAAAAAAGCCCAGAGCAGCUCUCGCUGACUGUGGUAGCGACAUCUGACAGAAUUAUUGACCUCAUUUGGAAAACACCAAUGCGUAUUGUCUACAAGAUGUCUCUGCAUCUCCCCAUGGCGCUGCCACUCCCUGAGUUCGAGGGUCUCCCUCAUCUUGUUAAUAGAGCACACUCCCUGCUGACCGCGGCUGCUGCAGCUGAAUGUAGCUUUUCUGGAGACACAGUGACCACAUUCAACAACAGGAGGUACAAGAAUGUCGGUCCUCUGUCCUGCUACCAAGUCCUGGCUCAGGAUUGCACCGAUGAGCUGAAAUUCAUGGUUCUUCUGAAGAAGGAUCACCUGGACCAGAACCAUGUCAACGUGAAGAUUGCUGAUAUUGAUAUUGACCUUUACACAAAGGACAAUCAGGUGGCUGUGAAGGUCAAUGGAAGGGAAAUACCCCUUGAGAACCUGCCAUACCAGCAUCCCUCAGCUAAAAUCCAGAUCAAAUUAAAUAGUGAAGGAAUUUCAGUGCUUGACCACACUCACGGUCUCCCUGAGGUUUUCUUUGACAGGAACUCAUGGAAGAUUAGAAUUGCAGACUGGAUGAGAGGAAAGACCUGCGGUCUAUGUGGAAAGGCUGAUGGGGAAGUGAGACAGGAGUUCCGGACCCCUAGUGGACGACUGACCAAGAACGCUGUCAGCUAUGCUCAUUCCUGGGUUCUGCCUUCAGAGAGUUGCAGAGACACCUCUGAGUGCCAUCUGAAGCUUGAGUCUGUGCAGCUGGAGAAACAGGUCAAUAUCCACGGACAUGAGUCCAAAUGUUAUUCUGUUGAACCCGUGCUGCGCUGUCUGCCCGGCUGCCUACCAGUGAAGACCACAGCUGUGACUGUUGGCUUCCACUGCCUGCCUGCAGAUUCUGCGGUCACUCAGGAACGACAACAUCACAACAUCUUUGACGACAGUGUGGACCUGAGGGAGACUACAGAGGCUCACCUGGCCUGCACAUGCACAGCGCAGUGUGUUUAAUGACACUUGAUUUGCUCACUUCUGUGUACGAACACUAAAAAAUAAAAAAUAAAAAUAAAUGGUAACUGUGAAAACGUCCAAUGUGUCAAAUGUCUAACUUGCAGAAUGCUAGGGUUUUAUUUGAACUGUGGUUCUUUGUUUCAUGUCAAGCUGAAAUGUAGAAACUGGGUUUAGAGAGGGUUCUCAUUUGAGUUAGUGUUGAUAAAAAAAAAAAAUUCAUGAAUAGGAUUCUUAUCCACAGCUCUAGGGCUAAACACAAAGAACAAAAGUGUAAGCGCUUUCACAAG